AUGUCUGCAGCAGCCAAGGGGGAGAACGUUCUCCACAACGGAACCAACCGGAACUGGAACAGAAACCAACCGGAAUGGGAACCAAACCGAACUGGAACCAACCGGAAUGGGAACCAACCGGAACUGGAACAGAAACCAAUUGUAACGGGAACCAACCGGAACGGGAAACAACCGGAACGGGAACCAACCGGAAAGGGGACAACCGGAAUGGGAACUAACCGGGACUGGAACCAACCGGAACUGGAACCAACCGGAACUGGAACAGAAACCAACUGGAACGGGAACCAACCGGAACUGGAUAAACCAUCCAGAACUGGAACCAACCGGAACGGGAACCAACUGAAACAGGAACCAAACGGAACUGGAACUAACUGGAACUGGAACCAACCGGAACGGAAACCAAUUGGAACGGGAACCAACCGGAACUGGAACCAACUGGAACUGGAACCAACCGGAACGGGAUCCAACCGGAACGAAAACCAACCGGAACUGGAAAAGAAACCAACCGGAACGGGAACCAACCGGAACGGGAACCAACCGGAACUGGAACAGAAACCAACCGGAACGGGAACAGAAACCAACCGGAACGGGAACCAACCGGAACUGGAACCAACUGGAACUGGAACCAACCGGAACGGGAUCCAACGGAACGAAACCAACCGGAACUGGAAAAGAAACCAACGGAACGGGAACCAACCGGAACGGGAACCAACCGGAACUGGAACAGAAACCAACCGGAACGGGAACAGAAACCAACCGGAACGGGAACCAACCGGAACGGGAACCAACCGGAACGGGAACCAACCGGAACGAAAACCAACCGAAACUGGAACAGAAACCAACCGGAACGGGAACCAACCGGAACGAAAACCAACCAAAACUGGAACAAAAACCAACCGGAACGGGAACCAACCGGAACGGGAACUAACCGGAACGGGAACUAACUGGAACUGGAACCAACUGGAACUGGAACCAACCGGAACAGAAAGCAACCGGAACUGGAACAGAAACCAUCCAGAACAGGAACCAACCGGAACGGGAACCAACUGGAACAGGAACCAAACGGAACUGGAACCAAACGGAACUGGAACUAACUGGAACUGGAACCAACCGGAACGGAAACCAAUUGGAACGGGAACCAACCGGAACUGGAACCAACUGGAACUGGAACCAACCGGAACGGGAUCCAACCGGAACGAAACCCAACCGGAACUGGAAAAGAAACCAACCGGAAAGGGAACCAACCGGAACGGGAACCAACCAGAACUGGAACCAACCGGAACGAAAACCAACCGAAACUGGAACAGAAACCAACCGGAACGGGAACCAACCGGAACGGGAACCAACCGGAACGGGAACCAACCGGAACGAAAACCAACCAGAACUGGAACCAACCGGAACAAAAACCAACCGGAACUGGAACAGAAACCAACCGGAACGGGAACCAACCGGAACGGGAACCAACCGGAACUGGAACCAACCAGAACGGAAACCAACCGGAAUGUCCUCCAGGCAGUUCAAAGACGCCACGUAAAGAGAGACGUCAGAAACAAAAAAGAAAGUUGUUGACCAACUGGGUCAACUGUACCAAUCAUUCACAGUGAAGUUAUUAACAUUCUUCAAGACAUGACCAACAGAAAACUGUUGCUAUGAACAAAAGAGAACAAAAACAGCAAAAAAUGCUUAAAAGUUUGAAAUUUGUUUUUAAACAGUUAAAAGGCAAGAGACUGAAAAAAUAAGACUUCACUCAACACAGAGAAGAUGAGACAAUGAGGAAAAAAAGAAAAGAGAAACUGACAAGAAAAAAGAAGAGGAAAGAUUGAAGAAAAUGUACAUAGUUCCACGUUAAAGUUUGAUGCAGCUCUGUUUUUCUGAAUGGACCGUCUUCAUCUCCACUGCAAGUACAGCAACCCAAGCAGAUGUUCUUUGAUUGUAUGUCUCACAAUUUUGUAAUCUAUCAUUGUUAAUUAAACUCUGAGAGCUGUGUGA